AUGCGUUCGCUUCGCAGAUACAGCUGGCUGUUAGCUUACCUUCCUUCCGCGUUGCCCGGGCGUGCUCCGGACAUUCCCACCAAACCUCAACGUCCCAACACCAAAUCUGCAUUUCCUCUUCCAGUGCCGCAUCCUCCAAUGGCCUGAAUAUCGUGGCAGCCUCUGAAUUGCGCCUAUGCUUGGAUUUGCUUGUCCCUGGGGGUGGCCCAUCAUGCGAACCAAUCCUUCCCGCCCCUUCAUACACCCCGAACUCCUUUAGAGAUGAGACUAUUCGUCUUACUCGGCCGGUUUUAUGCUCGCCGAUGCUCCUCUCAAGCUUCCAGCACCUCUCCGACUAUCAUUUCCCGUUGGCGUUCGCCGCUCCGACCCCGCCUUCUCGGCCCUCGACCCCGGGCAAAGCCUCAAUUCAAGGGCCGAAUCCUCUGGGCCACAUCCAACGCUGCUCUGGGAACUGCGGUCUUCGUCAACCUAUCCGAGAAAGACCCUGGGGGGGCGGAGCGGACAGCCGAGUCCCGUAUGCUCGAGGUCUCGCGAGAAGAGCUGAGGAAAACCGUCAGCGACCACGAGAGGGGAGUCUUUCGCCUCGGUCACAAACUCGUUAUCCUGUUGGAUUUGUAUGUGUGGGAACCGCUUUCGACUGGCUUGCGGUUUAUUCAAUUGGCCCUCAUCUUCGUACCUGUGCUUUUAGCAGUGCCCGUCAUAUGGGUUGGGAGCCGGCAGCCACAGCGCGAUAACGAACGACCCGGCACAAUAUGGUGGUAUAAUCUCUUGGUUAGAUGUAUGGAAGCGGCCGGUCCAGCGUUCAUUAAGCUUGGUCAAUGGGCAGCCUCGAGGACGGAUAUCUUCCCGACCGAAAUGUGUAGUAUCAUGUCCAAGCUCCACUCGAACGCGCCCGCACACUCGUUAGAAGCAACAAUGCGAACGGUCGAGGAAGCGUUCGACGGCCGAAAAUUCGAGGAUAUAUUCGAGGAGUUCUAUACCACUCCCAUGGGCGUGGGCGCUAUCGCGCAAGUAUAUAAAGCAAAAUUGAAACCGGACCUUGCUGCGCCAGGCGACGUCGAUAUCUUGGAGACUCGUACUAACAUACGCCGGAGCGUCCGCCGCCAGGUAGACACUGUCCUCAAGAGCGUACCGAAACGGGUUCCUUCUUCUUACGUUGCUGUUAAGGUCUUGCACCCUCAGGUGGAACGGACGGUCCGGCGAGAUCUCCGUAUCAUGGGCUUCUUUGCUUCGCUGCUCAAUGCGAUACCCACCAUCGAGUGGUUAUCGCUCCCCGAUGAGGUCGCCCAAUUCGGAGAGAUGAUGAAGCUUCAGCUCGAUCUGCGCAUCGAGGCUGCCAACUUGGCUAAAUUUCGCAGCAACUUCAAGGACCGCACGGCGGCUUGGUUCCCGUUCCCAUACCUGGAAUUCACCACGCGCGAGGUCCUGAUUGAAGAGUAUGCGCAGGGUAUCCCCCUCUCCGAUUUUCUGGAGAACGGCGGCGGGGUCUUUCAGAGAGACGUCUCGCAAGAAGGCCUCGACGCCUUCUUACGCAUGCUGCUGAUCGACAAUUUCGUGCAUGCCGACUUGCAUCCCGGUAAUAUCAUGGUUCGCUUCUACCAGGCUUACCGGCCAGAACUCGGCUUGCGCCGGUCAUCCCAUGGCCAGAAGCCGCAUCCGGAGGUGCAGGCCGACGUUACCGAGCAAGUUCUCGCUCGCCUGCGCCCUUAUCGCAAUAGAAAGGACCGCGCUGCUUGGGAGGCGGAACUAAAAAUGAUCGACGCCGAAGGCUUCCGGCCUCAGCUGAUCUUCAUUGACACCGGGCUCGUAACAGAGCUCAACGCGACAAAUCGUCGGAAUUUCCUGGACCUCUUCCGUGCCAUUGCCGAGUUCGACGGAUAUAAAGCCGGUCACCUGAUGUGCGAACGUUGCCGACAGCCCGACGCCGUUAUUGACGAGGAGGUUUUUGCGUUGAAGAUGCAACACCUCGUCCUGAACGUGAAGAGCUCUACGCUCGCUCUGGGCAACGUGAAGAUCGGCGAUAUUCUGCAGCGAGUCCUCGAUAUGGUAAGGCAGCAUCACGUGAGGCUAGAAGGUGAUUUCGUGAAUGUUGUGAUCAGCAUCUUGCUGUUAGAGGGUAUUGGUCGUAGCCUCGAUCCCAAUAUCGACCUACUCAGCAGUUCCCUGCCAAUCCUCAGACAACUAGGCACCCAAAGUGGAGCAGAGAUGAUAAAAGGCGGUGAUUUCUCUAUAUUCUUCUUCUGGGCUGGGCUGGAAGCGAGAAAAUUUAUGCAGGCUAGCAUCGAGGACGUGGAGAGAUGCGUCAAAUACGACCUACUAGCACCAAAUAUUUAAUGUAUAACUACGUAGACGCAGGCAUGCAUUUACAGGCGUUCGGCGAAGAAGGCGGGUUUAGAUGCAAUACAGACCACUCUUUCACAAGCGCUUCAUAAUUCGAACCGAAUUUCGAUCA